AUGCUCUCGGUGUCGGCCUUUGGCGUCCACAGGUCCCAGUACCAGGUCGUGCGUCAGGCGAGCCCGACGAAGGUACCGGUCACAGCCGCGGCGGACCCAAGUUUUACCGCGGUCUCGGAAUGCCACAUGCAUGGUUCCUCGGUAUACUGCAUUGGCCCAGACGGGGAAGAUGUCGAAGUUCUUGUCGACGGGACAGAGGGCUCAGCCACGCCCGCCCCGACUACGGAGGACAAGCCCGAUGAACGUCAUUGCCACUUCCAUGCUGGUGUCGAACACUGCGUUGGAGGCGGAUCCGACUCACAUGAAUCCAAGCGCUCGUGUUCUCGCACGGACCGAGACUACAAUAUCCCCGUGAGAAUUGGCCUACUAUUUGCCAUAUUGGUUACGAGCUUCGUCGGUGUCGUCAUCCCCAUUGUUCUGGAUCCCUUACUGCCGGCCCGUUUCGGCAUCAUCUUCGUCGCCCUGAAGCAGUUUGGUACCGGCGUAAUCAUAUCCACCGCGUUUGUGCAUUUGUUCACGCACUCAUACCUCAUGUUCACGAACGAAUGCCUCUCACUCGAGUACGAGGGCAUCACGGCAGCGAUUGUGAUGGCCGGCAUCUUCCUCUCCUUCGCCGUCGACUACGUAAGCCAUCGCCUGUCGAAGAUGGCAGCGACCACAUGGGGGCCCGGCGCGAGCUACAACGGCGAUUUCGUGACCGUCAUGGUGCUCGAGGCAGGCAUCAUCUUCCACUCCCUGCUGAUUGGCCUCGCCCUGGUAGUGGCGGGGGACUCGUUCUUCAUCACGCUCUCCAUCGUGAUCAUUUUCUACCAGAUGUUCGAAGGCAUCGCCCUGGGGAGCCGAAUUGCCUCCAUCGGUCGAGCGAUGCCGCGCCACGGGCAUCAUCAUCAUCUCACUCCGUCAUCCGAAAUCAACAUCAACAGUGACAGUUCGGGAAGAUUCAGUAUUCUGAAAGCAACAGACGAACCGACGACGACGACAGCGCGUAUGAUGAUGGCGCUGGCCUUCGCGCUGGUCACGCCUGUCGGCAUGGCCAUCGGCAUCGGCGUGCUGCACCGGUUCAACAGGAAUGACCCGUCGACGCUGAUCGCGCUGGGCACGUUGGAUGCGCUGUCCGCCGGCAUCCUCGUCUGGGUGGGAAUAGUGGAAAUGUGGGCGCGCGACUGGAUGUAUGAUGGCGAGCUCGUCGAGGCGGGCGCGGUUGUGACCUGGCUGGCUGGAUUUGGCCUCGUGGCGGGGAUGGCGUUGAUGAGUUUCUUGGGGAAAUGGGCUUGA